GACACAUCAAAAUAGGCAGGUUUGCCCUGAGGGAAAUCAGAGUGAUAAACAUCACCCAGUCUAUCAAAGGACAGGGUCGAGCAUCCUUGUUCACGACGUGUACCAGCAUUUUCCUUCAAGAGACAGUGGUAGAUAACAUCACAUACAGCAUCGUGACGUUUAAUUCUCAACGGUCCGCAACCAUGGGCAUGGUCGCCAUGUUCAUCUCUAGAUAACUCUGCUGCUGUAACUUAUAAUUUGUCCCGUGCUUGCUGUACAAAACAGAUUUACACAGCUUGGUAACUUAUACUUUUCAGUUUUGGCGUACAAAACGAAACUACAAGCCAAGAAAUCAGACAUCACCGGCAUUGUCGUCUGCGAAUUAUCUCUAGACCGUCGUUUUCCGUUGCAAACUAGAGUCUAAUUUUUAAGCUACACUCUUUCAGCAGCGGCGUGCUGUACAAUCAUAGAUUGAUUGAGUAAAUUUAUCAUUUUGCACAGCCGAGGUGAGAUCCCACCGGAAAAUUCCCGUAUGUAGUCUUUAGCUCAAACCGUCGGGACUCUCUCGAGACGCAAACUUCUUUGUUCGCCGCUUUCAAACCGACGACUAUACGAGAUCGAAAGAAUUCUCUAGCCUAGUAUCUGACAAGCAACGGAAGUGAGGUGACAAUAGCAACUAGUAGAGAUACGUACUCUCAGCUCACACUCGUAAACUACCACUUGCUCUAUUCUAUAUGCUAACUAGCAUGCGACCGUGACUAACAGCUAACCCUGUACUGAGCAUUUAGCUGCGAUUCUCGGCGCUUUUGUUGGCAAUCUCUCAUAUUAAUGGUCCAUUUAUUGGGUUUGCGUUUGCGUGCAGGUCAGCGCGUUCUAGAGACAGAGUGAAGUAUCACAACGGUAUUGCUCAUUCAUUAAUCAUAUUGCGGUGUCAUUUAUCAGUUGAUUAAAGCGGCGGCGUUGCGGUGUCGGUUGAUGUGAGCUGCGACCUGGCUGCAGUAGAGACGUCAUUGGCAAGCAUAAGUUAGCUCUGCGGUAAAGGAACCAAUGGCUCUAUAAAACUGAGACGUAGAAUGGUACGUAGAAACACGGGGACUGUACUUCUGUCGACGUGUACGUAUGCACGAUCCUCCCUUGGCUUGACUAGUUUGUUACAUUGUUGCCGCCACGCAGCACGCUAAGAAGGAUAGGGAAGAGAAACAAAAGUAGAACGGUGACGUAACAGUAGUGUGGAAGCAUUCGGUGAGUCUACGUCUACACUUCCGUUCUGGCUAAAUAGAUUGCUUGCGUACAUCGACGGGCUAAAGCAAUUGCAACAUGCAUGCGGGGCGGGCAUGUAACUUAGCAUCCGUUUUGAAGCCAACGGUUGUACAAAUUAAUAUAUAUAUUAUCUAUAGCUGAGAUAAAAUUACCAAUAUCUGUUUUUGAUAUGACAGCUACUAGAAAAGCCAACACUCGCUACAGUGGUCGAGAGAGCGGCUUCACUUAUUGUCUGCCGCUUUACUUUAUAUCUGCGUCAUUCAUGCAUAGUAUUAUUGAGGCCUUCUUGUCAUCUCAUAGUGUCAAAUCGACACUCUCUCUAGUAUAGAUAGGAGCUGGCGAAAAGGCGGAGAGUCGAGAGGCGACGGCACGACCAGGUCGACCUACCGUGACAACAAAUCAAAGGGCGAGGACGUGCGUUUGCACUGGAGGGAGGCGUCGCUCGAGGAGAGAUGGUAACGAGAGGAGAUAAGCAUGAAUCCAGUCGGGCGAAAACUAGGAGUUUUAAACGAAUCGGGGUGGUGCUCGAACUGGAGACAGUUCAGGUGUUGUGGUGGAAGAAAAGGGAGAGGCUUGACGCGGUCAGGCCACCAGGAGUAAUGGCAAGGCGUCGAAGAGUGGGCCGAACUUAAGUGAACAAAACACUGGAACCUGCCGUCAAUUUGCUUAGUCGCUGUGUCUUUGCUGCAUCGUCAUCUGCACCGAGGAGCGUCGUUCUUCGGUCGGCAUUCCAGGUUUCCGACGCUCGAUCCCCCAUCUCCAUCCUGUCACCCAUUUUUGCUCUAACGUUUCCUUGUGUGCAGAUAGUAUGCAACAGCUGACCGAAACGCACUUGGCUUCGGAAGCUGAGCUUCAGAGUGUUAUUGACUUCUUAUCCGGCUACCCGGUGUCGACCCGUUCUCUCCAGCAACGGGCAAUCGUCGCCCUAUCUCCUUGUCCGUGCGACCCGCUGCCGUACGACUACAAAGACUUCGAUUGCGACCUGUUCGACGGCUUUGUUCCUCCUUCGCAGUGGCCUCCGAGCUACAACGGCGGCGGAAACAACGCGAGGUCGCCGUUCGGCUCGCGCUGCUGCAGCGGAAGCGUCGGAAGGACCCGAAGCGGUAUGAGACGCAGCAGCCGCGAUUCGGGGUUUGGUGAGUGGUACCAGGAGGAGAGGAUUUCCUACGGUAGCGACGUGACGUCUUGUGCCGCCAUUCCCGCACGAAGUCGCUCACUCGAUUGGCGUCUUAACGGCCGCGUUGCUGGAGCAAACGGUCGACCCGGUGAGCGCAUGGAGUUCACGUCGGGUUUCGAUAUGGUGCAGCAAGGAAUCGAACCGGUCGCUUUGCCCGCUUUGUCACACGAGCAGAGGUUUUCUCGCCCCGGCAACACCAAGUGCUUCAAUAGCAGCUUGAGUGGCGAGAGCAAUUUAUCACCCCAUCGCAACCUUUACAACGAGAACAAUGGAGUACAGCAGAAGGAAGCAGAGGCUUCGAGCCGGUCUCCUGCAACUUGGCCACGAGCAAAGCAAUCACCGUGGGCUAAUGUUUGAUUUUCUACCUUAUUAUUUUCUGUAGAAAUUUUGAGUAGUAUGUGACAGACGCAACUCGGAUAUAUUGCACCGUGUUAGCUACGUCUACGAUGGCUUGUUCAGACAGACAUGCAUGCAGUACAUGGAAUUAUUUCGACUCACUUGUUUCAUAAAGUAUAUGUUGUCGUGUGUGACUUUGACUCUACUCAAACUGUUGCUAUUGUUAGGCUUGCUCGAUUGCGUAUAGAUAAAUGUGACGAUACAAACUUGACACCGUGGAAUGACAACUAUAUAUCACAAUGCAUUCAUAGCUGUUUCAUCGCAUAGAUAGAGUUCGUAGGUGUGCUAGUCUAGUUCUGAUUAUCGUGAUGCUAUCAAAAAUUUAACUGUCUAGAGCUCGAUCCCGUACAUGCAUGUGCGCAUGCAUCAGUGUAGCAGGAUCGGUCUUAUAUGAGAAUCGAAGUAAAAAACAACUACAACUUCUAGUGACUUUUAUAA